AUUUUAAAAAAAUAUAUUUAUAGAUAAUUUUUAAAAUAUGAGUGAUUAUAAAUUGAAAUUACUCGAAGAUGAAUUAUCCACCAUCCCCAUACUUUGUUUCUAACUAUUCAUUUAUCCACUAUAAAAAUAUCUGGCUUGGAAUGCCGAAUUAAUGGAAAGUGAAUCAAUCAACAUCUUUAACGUGGCCCAUUGAGCCCCAUCCAAUUGGCUACUUUCAUUUUCCUUGUAUAUCUCAUUCCGGCGACACUUCGCCGAUCACCAUUUUCCUCCGUUCAACGGUCAACAAUGGAGAAAAUCUCCCUUCUUUCUCUUAUUCUAAUCAUCUCUUUCUGCCGAACUCCGGUGACCACUUCCGUCCAAGCCGACGGCCAUGAAACGUUCAUCAUUCACGUUGCUAAAUCCGAUAAGCCCCGCGUUUUCUCCACCCACCAUCAUUGGUAUUCCUCCAUCCUCCGUUCCGUUUCCCCUUCUAAAAUCUUGUAUACAUAUGAACGCGCCGCCGUGGGUUUCGCCUCCCGGCUUACGGCGGAGCAGGCUGAUCAGCUCCGACGUGUUCCCGGGGUUAUCUCUGUGCUUGUUGACCAAGUGCGGUAUCUGCAUACCACUCAUACACCUACCUUCUUGGGGCUUGCGGACUCGUUUGGCCUAUGGCCAAACUCUGAUUAUGCGGAUGAUGUAAUCGUUGGGGUUUUGGAUACAGGUAUAUGGCCCGAAAGACCGAGUUUUUCCGAUGAGGGUCUUUCGGAGGUUCCUUCAGGCUGGAAAGGGAAAUGUGAGACUGGGGGGGAUUUUCCUAAAAGUUCAUGUAAUCGGAAACUUAUAGGUGCUCGAAUGUUUUACAAAGGGUACGAAGCUUCACAUGGUAAAAUGGAUGAAUCAAAAGAAUCGAAAUCGCCGAGAGAUACGGAAGGUCAUGGAACACAUACAGCAUCAACUGCAGCUGGUGCAUUGGUAGCAAAUGCUAGUUUUUACGAAUAUGCUAAAGGUGAAGCUAGAGGAAUGGCAAUCAAAGCAAGGAUAGCUGCUUACAAGAUUUGUUGGAAAAAGGGUUGUUUUGAUUCAGAUAUAUUAGCUGCAAUGGAUCAAGCUGUUGCUGAUGGUGUUCAUGUGAUUUCACUCUCCGUUGGUGCUAACGGGUAUGCUCCGCAUUAUCUCUAUGAUUCCAUUGCCAUUGGAGCUUUUGGGGCUUCUAAACACGGCGUGCUCGUCUCUUGCUCGUCUGGAAAUUCUGGUCCCGGUGCUUAUACCGCCGUAAACAUUGCCCCCUGGAUUCUCACCGUUGGUGCUUCAACCAUUGACCGAGAAUUUCCGGCGGAUGUUGUUCUAGGAGACGAUAGAGUAUUCGGUGGCGUUUCAUUAUACUCUGGUGAUCCUUUAACCAAUACCAAAUUGCCGGUAGUUUACUCCGGCGACUGUGGUAGCAAAUACUGUUACCCAGGAAAGCUAGACCCAAAAAAAGUCGCCGGAAAAAUUGUCCUGUGUGACCGGGGAGGCAACGCUAGAGUCGAAAAAGGAAGUGCGGUGAAGCUGGCAGGUGGGGUGGCGAUGAUACUCGCAAAUUUAGCCGACUCCGGCGAAGAACUUGUCGCCGAUUCACAUCUUAUCCCGGCAACGAUGGUCGGUCAAAAAGCCGGCGACCAAAUUCGAAAGUACGUCAAAUCAAAUGCCUCACCAACGGCAACGAUUAUAUUCAGAGGAACCGUGAUCGGGAAAUCACCGGCGGCGCCACGUGUCGCGGCGUUUUCUAGCCGAGGACCGAAUCAUCGGACGCCGGAGAUUCUUAAACCGGAUGUUAUUGCACCGGGUGUUAAUAUUUUAGCUGGUUGGACCGGAGCAACUGGGCCGACCGAUUUGGAUAUUGACCCGAGAAGAGUAGAAUUUACUAUUAUUUCAGGGACUUCUAUGUCGUGUCCUCAUGUUAGUGGUUUAGCUGCUUUACUUAAAGGGGCCCACCUUAAGUGGACCCCAGCAGCUAUUAAGUCAGCAUUGAUGACAACAGCUUACAAUUUGGACAAUUCAGGCAAGGUAUUUACUGAUCUUGCCACUGGUCAAGAGUCUACCCCUUUUGUUCAUGGGUCGGGUCAUGUGGAUCCGAACCGAGCAUUGGAUCCGGGUUUGGUUUAUGAUAUUGAGACUAGCGACUACGUGAACUUCCUAUGCAGCAUUGGCUAUGACGGCGAUGAUAUCGCCGUGUUCACCCGAGGUUCUGAAGAGUCAGAACCUCGGGUGAAUUGUAGUGCACGGAGUUUGGCUACUCCGGGGGACCUGAAUUACCCGUCCUUCUCCGUUGUUUUUGCGGAUGAAGAGAAUGGUGUGGUGAAAUACAAGAGGGUGGUGAAGAAUGUGGGGAAAGAUACAAAUGCUGUGUAUGAAGUGAAGGUGAAUGCGCCUCCGUCUGUGGAGGUGAGCGUGUCACCUUCGAAGCUUGUGUUCAGUGAGGAAAAGAAAAGUUUGUCGUAUGAGAUUACCUUUACUAGUAAGAGCAGGGGUGGAGUGGAGAUGGUGGAGGGGGUUCAAUCUGCAUUUGGAUCUAUUGAGUGGAGUGAUGGGGUUCACAAUGUGAGAAGUCCAAUUGCAGUGCGUUGGCGUAUCGAUUCUGCUGUGUCCAUGUGAGUGUAAUGGCUGUUGUUGGAUCAUCGUGACAAAUGUAGCUGAGGAUUAUACUUUAUUGAAUACCAAUAAAUUGGAAUGCUGGAAAACUGGAAGAGGAAAUACUAUUCAAAGGACCGUUGAAGUUCCAUUUAAUUUCCCUCUCUUUCCUUUUCUUCUUGCAUUUGAUGUUUUUCACAUUGAUGUACAUAUGAAUGAAGCAUGUUGUUUUCCACAGUAA